CAAGCAUUGAAGAAUCCAUACCGUGCCGUGAGUCGCCAUACUUUGAGGAAAAUUCUUGCUGAACUUCAGCCGGCCCGAAACAGAAGAAAACUAGGACAAUGUGAUGCCUGCCGAGGACGCGUACCAGUAGCGCAUCUCGGCUUCCAGGACAGCGUCCCGCCCACGCAGAUACGGGUUCCCGGGAUCGCAGCAAUCGAGCAGGUCCCAGACCUCGCCGUCGCAGCGCUUGGGCUGGAGCCUCGACGGAAGCUCGAGGCUGAAGCGGCCCGCGACGCCCAGCCGGUCCCCCUCGACCCAGCCGCCCACGAACUCGCCGCGGGCCAGCGCCUCCCUCACGGCGCGGGACUUGGUCAUGAUGGGCCCCGGGUGCCCAGCCACCUCGACGAGGCAGUUGUGCCAGGGCGUCGGCACGUGCAGCAGGUCGACGGAGCGCAUCUCCGCGGCGGCGCCGGCGAGCGAGAGGCGCUCGAGGGCUCGGGCGUGGCGGCCGAGCAGGCGGAUGCCGAACUUGGGCCCGGCGUUGUUGUGCGCGUGGAUGGAGAGGCGGACGUGGUGCGGGAAGAUGAGCUCGACCAGGUUCGAGUAGGCCUCGUUGCGCUGCAGCAUCUCGAACGAGACCCGGGUGGCGAGCUUCUUGAGCUUGCUGCGGCUCAGGUGCGACGCGUACCGGUUGUGGCACAGGUCCUCGGCCAUGAAGCGCGAGAAGCCGCGGUACAGCUUGAGGGCGCUGUGCUCGCCCGACUCGAUGCGCGCCCGCAGCAGGCUGUCGUUGGACCGCCCGGCCUCGAGCAGCAUCCGCCGGCUCAGCUCGGCCGGCGCCGUGCGCUUGGUGGCGAUCUGGGUCUCGAGGACGGGGAGGCGCAGGGACAGCGCGAGCGUGACUUCGGGUGUCGAGUGCGCUAGGUCGAAAAUAUCGACCAGUGACAUGAACCCGACUCGGUCCGCGCCCCGGCGCCGCCUCCCGAUUUCAGUAUUCAGCCUGAUGAUCUCAGCGUUAUACCUGUCGACAACCUCAUCAUCGACGCCGACUGUUUGAUGGGCAGGUCAGCGAGACUUUCUCUUGGACCCGUUGUACUGUCCUCGCCUAUGGCAGAAAAGAAGGAAGAACUUACUGCAAUCGCUGAACACGUGGCCAUCGCUCACAAUCCACAGCUUGGCUCCAGGCUUGUAGACGCCCUCUAUGGCCUCGACAAAGGAGUGGAGAUUUUCAAGUGCGAGCUGCUCGCCCCUAUCCGGGAGCACGCCGGAAACCUUGUCCAGAUUGGAGGAUUUGCAAGGGAAAGCCGGGAGGCAGAACUCGACCCUGGCGCCACGCCGCACAAAGUCGUCGACUCGCUCGCGAAAGUAGUCCCGCCCCGAGACCCUCCACUUAUCCUCGUCGAUGACAUAUCUGAGCGUGGAGUCGAAAAGGUCGACGAUCUUUUCCGUGGCGGCACUGGCUUGGGGCGGCAGGUUGUCCAGGGGCGUCGUGGUGAAGAGCCUGAUGUCCCGCAGAAGCAGCCUGGCGAACACGUCGUCAAAGGCGGCCUCGGAUGCGGAGCAGUUCUGGAAGAUGAGGCCGAGGAUGGCGUCCCCGCCGUCCUCUCCCUCCUCGGUCUCGUAUAUGGCCAGCUCGACCUGCUGGACUGCUUCGACCCUGACGACGAGCUUGCUCCUCGGCGACAGGCCAUGUUUGGUCUUGUUGACGACGGCUUCUCCGAUCCCCGGGCCAUAGAGAUCCUGGGAAAGCGCUUGCUCGUCGGACGAGGACGAGUGCAGCGCCAGCCAGACCUCCUGCCAGUUCCCGCGCACCUUGCGGUGCAAAGGACCAGUGCAGGUAACGAGGGCUCCGCCUCGGGUCCGCACAAAAGCUGCACAAAACCUGUGGUAGGCGCUUGGGCGAGACAUGAUGGUGGGAAAGGCAAUUUUUCCUGAGAAGAGACGAAUGAUGACGGUGAGGCCUGAUGGUGGAGAGAAGGUUUGAGCAAGUUUCCCCAGCCGAUAUUAAAGCGUUGGGUUCCAGGCACCUGGGUCGGGAAGAUGACCAGCGGGCUGUCAGUUUGAGAAGGUAUUUUUGUACAUGGGCCCUGCCCACCCAGCCUCUCGUUCCAUCACACGUACGAUCACAUUCAGCACGCUCUCGUUGACCACAGCUGCCGGGCCGCCAUCAUGUUGGUGUCGCAUUUUGGCACUGUCCCACGUAUCAAGCUCACCUCACUCACAACAACCCCUUCGACAAAUACUGCCGGGAUAGGUUAGGAUUGGCCCCAUUCUCAAUUUCUUUGUUUGGAUCUCGACAGAUAUGCCACGGCCCGAGAAGCCUACCCCCGCCAGUCCAGCUGGUGCUCCUCGACGCCACGCAUGCGGUUUGUACCAUGGAUGCCUUUCCUGGGACCCUGCACGAGCGGUGACGGAAAGGCAUCCUGAUUGUGUGACGAACCGAUGAUGCGAAACCCGAGUGAGCCCGGUGAGGAGCUUCCUUUACCGCCUGCCCAGCGACGGCGAAAGGAGCGAGGAUGUCGGAAAUGUCGGGGCGAAACUGCAAAAAGCCAUCACAUGACGUGAGGACUGUGGUGCGUCCUGCAAGUCCGCGGCUCUGCAGCUGUCUAGCUCGCCUUGGCGCCCAGCGAUACCACCCACCAAACGGCCCUCAACGCGCGAGGUCAGCACGGCCCGAUUAGUUGGAUGGUCAUGGAGGAUUCAUUCGGAGUGUGGUACAAGCGUGGCUUGUUCAUGGCCCUGCCGCGUCUGUGAUUCUGGCCUAAGCGAGGUUGCCUCGCGGCCUCAAAAUCGAGCCCGCAGCCCCUGCAGUGAUACGCGCACGCCUCGGCCAUGGACGGAGGUAUCUAGGGGGAGCCCAGAUGUACAUGCUGGUCGUCGGGUGUACUACAACCAUGUCGGAUGCGGCCUGACACAUCCUCAAGAUGACGGCUGAAGCUCUCACCGAUGCGGCGAUGGAUGCUGUGUGCUCACUCAUCCGGAGCUGUUGUUGAUCUCGACACGCACCGUUGCUUCUGCCAUGCUGCCAUGGACCGACGUCUCGUUGCGGAAAUUGCAUGAGCUUGUCUCGGGCGUUUGUCGCAGAGCCAGAUAAAACACUAAUUUUUGCGUUCUCGUAUCUUCCAACCUGACCGACACCUUGCUCUCUUUCAGUUCCAUCUGCAGUCUCUACUCUCUACCCCUGCGACAGUUCCAUUUCGCCGCAAUGGGCACCACAAGCACACCACCGCCAUCCGACCAUGCCGCGGCCCCGUACUCGGGCUUCUCCCCCGCCCGCAAGCGCUUCAUCAUCGGCGUGGCCAGCGCGGCAGGUCUCCUCGGCCCCAUGGCCGGGGGCAUCUACCUGCCCGGACUCCCGGUGCUGGAGCGCGAGUUCGGCGUCGACGGCGUCGCCAUCAACGCCACCGUCGCCGUCUUCAUGGCCGUCUGCGCCUUCGCCGCCCUGGUCUGGUCGGCCUUUGCCGACUGGAAGGGCAGACGGCCGCUCUACAUCAUCGCGCUCGCAACCUACCUCGGCGCCAACAUCCUCAUGGCUGCUCUGCCUCCAAAUUAUGGCGCCCUGGUCUUCCUCCGAAUGGUGCAGGCCUUUGGAUGUUCUGCCGCUAUCUCUCUGGGAGCUGGAACUGUGGCAGACGUAACUGAGCCGGCCCGCAGGGGCUUCGCCAUGUCCGUAUUUCUGCUAGGACCCAACUUAGGACCGACCUUUGGCCCUUUGCUAGGUGGUGUCAUCACGGGGCAGGCAUCAUGGCGGUGGACGUUUGGAUUCCUAUCAAUCGCGGUUGGCAUCGUAUUGCUCGUCGUAAUAUUUGCCCUCCCCGAGACGCUGCGUUUCCGCGUCGGGGACGGGAGUCUGUACGCCGGCAAGGGCGUGCUGCUCCUGCCACCUCGGCUGGCCUCCCCUCUGGCACCCGAGGCGGAGCGCGGGCCGCGGCCGCCCAAGCCCUCCCUCAAGCUCUUCUGGCGCCUCUUCUGCUACCCGCCCAUCCCAAUCGCGGCGCUGUACACGGCCCUCUUGUUCGCGACCUACUUCUCCAUGGCCGUCGACCUCCCCGACGUGCUGACGGCCAGGUACGGGUGGUCGGUAACUGCCGUGGGCGCAGGCUACGUCGCCAAUGGCGUGUCCAUCACACUGGGCUCCCUGUCCGCCGGGCGCUUCUCCGACUGGCGCCGAGCCCGCACUGCCACGCGGCUUUCCGACGGCCAGGUCCCACCUGAGAGUCGCCUUGUAGACCAGUUUUGGGGCGCUCUCCUGUGCUCGGCCGGCGCUAUCAUGUACGGCUGGUGCGUUGAAAGGACGGUUCAUCCAGCAGCAAUGUUGGUAGCAACAUUUUUCAUCGGGUUGGGCAUGUCUUCUGUCAUGGUCGUCACCUUUGCCUUCUUGACAGAGUGUGCCCCUCAAAGCUCGGCAGCCGCCAUGGCCGUGGAGAGUCUGAUGAGAAACCCGGCCGCUGCCAUCUCCUCGGUGGUCACCCCGGCCCUUUUGCCCCGGAUGGGGUAUGGCUGGUUCUUCACAGGGUUUGCCAUACUGGACUUGGUUGUAUUCGGUGCCGGAGCCCUAGCUCUCGCGCUCCAUGGCCCACGCUGGAGAGAGAAGGCAACGCUUUCUGGGCCUGCAAAGGGGCCUGCUACUCCCGCACCUCAGGAGAAGACCGUAGCCUCUAGUGGAACAUCGACACCCAAAGACGUGGAUGUGGAGCGGGGUACCAAUACUUGAUCAAGUGUGAGAUUAGGAGACCGCACGGCAUCGAAAAUGUCCAAAUGGUCCGCUUGCGAGCUAGUGCUACGCCUCUGGGGUGCCGCAAAAAGAUAAUUUGGUAGCUAAAGGAGUUCGGCAGAUCGAUACAGUCCUCCGCCAAUAUCAAUGAAUCGUGGUUACCACAGUCUACAGUCUACCACUUUGGCCUAUGAGGGUCAGAAG